UUUCAUUUAUUUUGCUUUAUUUUAUUUUUUUGUUUUAUUUAUUUUUAUUUUUUUUUUACUUUUUUUUAGUAUUUUAUUUUAUUUUAUUUGUCUGACAUAGAUUUAAAAAUUGCUGAAGAAUUAAGAGUGAUGUUUCUGUCACAAAUCAAGCUAAAUAUGCCUCGUGUCAUAUGCACUAAACGUGAGUAACACGAUUGAUGGUAAUAAAUAAUUGAUUUUACAGUUUCAAUACCAGAAUUAUUUCCAUAAAAUCAUCUCAACUUCUCAACAGCCGUGGUGACGGCAAGUCAAAAUGUAUUUUGUGAUUCUUGUUUUUCUGUGAUGUAUUCUAUGUUUGUCUUCAGCUUUCAUAAACCUGUCAAGUUUUUUUCCGUUUGGAUUUCCAAUGUGUUGCAAACUUCAUGAUCACAAGUUCAUUUUGUGUCUAUUAAAUAUUCAGUGUAAUUUAAAUGUGAGUCCUAACAGUGUUGUAUCAUCAUGUUUACAUUGUAAUCUGAAAAAAGUUCAAAUACAAACGCAGUUUUCCCACUCAUUUGUCAUUUUCUAUGGGGUUAUAACCGUUAUAUGCAUAGAAAAGCAAAUGCAGUAUAUUGACAUAUUUUUAUAUCUUUUAACUUUUUAUUCCAUUUUUAUCUAAUCUAUUUUCAGCAAAUUAUUAACAUUUGUUUGUUUAUCCGUCCAUCGUGUGAAUUCUUCACAGAAGUGGGCUUGGAACCUGUUUGCUGACAGUGAAAAGCACUAAUCCGUCCUCUGUCCCGCCAGAAAAUAUCAUAUAUCAGCACGUCAAUUAGUUCAAAUUCUAAUACACAAGCAAAUAAUUGUAUAAUUGAGGAAACUUGCAUUUCUGAACAGCCUAUUUGGAAAUGAAGAUCGCGAGUUUUGUGUGACAGUCGCUUUUUGAGCAUUCAUCUCAAACUGUGAUAAUUCUGCAGUCCAGCUAGUUAGUUUGAGAUUGUAGUUUCUCUUAAGGAUGCCAAAACUUACUUACAUUUGCUGGUUUGCACUCUAAUAUCCCUCGAGACAGUUCAAGUGUCAGCAUGGGAUGGUUUGUUGUGGAGAUGUAAUGGCAAAAGUGGCAUUAAGUGAUGCUUAAAUUAACACUGGUAAAUGAGUGUCAGCAGCUGUGGAUGUGACAUUUAUAGUGCAAAACCUCUAAUAAUGACAGGACAGUGUGUCGGCUCAUCGUUUUGAAUUUCUCUUAAUUUAACUGUGGAUCUCACAGUUAGAUAUAAUUAGCAGCACUUUAAGGAAUAAAUAUAUACAGUAUGUCUGCUCCUUGAUUUCUAUUUUAGUCUUUGCUGACCUAAAUUACACAUUGGAAUUUAGUAUGUUAUGGUAAAAAAAAUUAAAUCAGGACACUGCUAGCACUAAGUGGGAUUAUUCAGGCUUUUUGUGAAAUUGUCCAGAUUGUAGAUCUUCUUUAGCCUAUGAAUGAAAAGUCUUGAGACUAUUGACAGUUGUAUAUCAGUUACUAUUCAAUGGUAUACUUUAGCAAACUAAAAAAACUUGUUUCAAUAAUUCAUUUAAAAAAAUUACAAAUGCUUUUUGUUGACAUUAGUGUUCAUUUUAUAGCUGUGUUCUUUAACUCUUCCAUAGCAGAGGAGGACUCAGCAGUUUAGGGUUCCCAAAUAAUGUAUAUAUAUAUUUUUAAUCCUCAUCCAGGUUAAAACGUCAAAUAACUUAUUUGUUGGUCCACUAGUUGACAGACUCACUGCCAAGCAUCACAAUGUUUUAAUAAUCUUUUAAAAACUGAAAUCAUUUCAAAACUGUCGUGCAAAACUAAACAGGAAAAACGCAAAAUAAAAAAAAAAUUGAGAAUAAAAAUGAAAUGAUUAGGAUCGAACAGGUUAGUGGACCCAUAUUAAUUUUAUUAGUAGUAGUAAUCUGGGAAAACCGACUUAUUUGCUAGCUAACUUACUCUUGACUGGAAUAUUCCAUUGAUGCAGAGGGACGGGGGAGGACCUAACACUUUCACAUGAUCAGUCUCAUGCCAUUUAGACAGAAUGAAGUAAUAAUGAGCGAAGCAUUUAUUUUAGACACUUUUAUUUUUGUUCAGCUCGGGGUCCCAGAGUGUUGGGGGCCCCAGGCAAUUGCCUACCAUUGUCUAAAGGUAAGUCCGCCCCUGUUCUAGAGACAUUAGUUUAAAUAAGCCUAAAACAGACUAAAUCAGACAGUCCCAUUUAUGUGCAAAUAUUUAAGUCCCACUCCAAACCUCUUUUGAUCUAUUUUUCUUUCCAGGGGUCUUUUAAGUAUGAUUUUGCCAUAUAUAGCUAAAAUAAAUAAUAAAAAAACGUUUUCUAGGACGUUUCUGUCGAGCAACAAGAGUUCACUGGAGAGUUGCAUCUUAGUUAUAGGUGGGAUUGUUGGCAUGGAGUAAGCCCGCCCAUAUUCCCGUCAUUCUGUUUACACAGUCUCCCACUAGCUUACAGUCCCUCACAUCCCCAAUCAAACAUCACUGGUGUGACAAAAAUAUAGCAGUUAUUGGAGCUAUCCAGUUGUACAAGAACAUGUUAAAAACACCAAAAACACCAUUUUCUUUAGAGUGGAUUUUUAAGCUAACAUUAAUAAGAUGAAAGUUAGUUCUUAGUUGAUAAACUAAAGUUAAGAUUCAAAUGUUGCUUGGUAGAUUUCUUGGACAUAAUCUAGAAAAACAUGAUAUACAGCAAUUUUAUUUUUUUAAUUUAAUGUUUAUAUUGAUUUUUCUUUUUGUUAAUUUUAUAAUGUAAUGUUAUUAGAGCAUAAAAUAAUAUUUCAGAUGUUUUAUAAAAACAAGAGAUAAAGUUUUACACUUGUUGACUUUAAAAAUCUUUUUUUUUAAUUCUGUUAAAUUAAAAAGAGUUUUCUGGCAGAAGAUUCGCUCAUCAAACGUUCUUUUGUUCUCGAUUUGCACCCAUGCAGCUCCGGUUCCUUCAGUUAUUUUUAGCAAUUUUCAUUCAAUAAAAGGCAUUUAUUUUUAGUAAAAAGGCACGCCCCCUCGGCUCUGACGUCAAUGGAAUCCCGCGCGUGCGUCCCCCAGAAGAGCGUCUUGAGCACGAAGCUGAUUGGCUCGUCUUCCGGAACGCUCUACAACAUAGUUCACCAUAUUUGGACACGGAUCCGCCUCUUUUCUCAGCUCUCUCGCCAAAAUAAAACAAGGUUGCAUAUGGAGUCGUGCUCGUUGGUAAGCGAGCAUGAGCGUGUGUGGAUGGGAGAAUCCUGACAGCAGCUGGAAGAACUGACUGGGAAAUAAUAGAACAUUUAAACAGAAGGAUAUCUGCAUCAAACAGCGAUGCCCUGUGCACAAACCCAGCAUGCAUCCCUGCCCCAUGACAUCUUCUUCAGCUCUGAGCUUGUGAAUCCUGAUCUUAGUCCAAAACUGGUGAUGGAAGCUAAAGGCCAGAGGGACCAGCUCUCUACAUCCUCCCUGCCGAGCAUCAACACCUUGGUGGGCAACGACUAUGCUGGGCAGUUCGAUGCCUUCUCCUGCAAGGUUACCACUGCCCCCGCUGCGUCUACAGUUUCUUUAAGCCACCCGGCAGCAGCAGCAGCUGAUGGCUCCAGUCCACACAUGCAGAACACACCCUUCAAGCUGGACGAUCUCCAGGUGUAUGGCUGCUACCCAGGAUCCUUUGCACUUAGCUGCCUUGAUGAAACCCUCUCAUCAUGCGGCUCAGAAUACUAUGCCACUGUUUCCUCUCCAACCCAGGGAUUUCAGACAGAGUCUGCACCUGUCUGGGAUUCCCCUUUUAGCCCUUUCCCCUCAGCUCCUCCAUGCUCUGUGGACAAGGCUGCCAUGCAGCAGCAGCUCUCCUUUCUGACCUUCAGCCCCUCACUAGAACCACACUCCACUUUGGGGCACCACCAGGAUUCCCUGGCUGGUCCGGACGACCCCUUCUUUCUGUCUUCUCGGCAGCACGUAUACCCUCUCCACUGCCUCCACACCCCUCUGGAAAGUGGACCUAGGGAAAGCCCCUGUGUGGUGGAGGGGGUAAUGAUGUCUCCUAAAACCCCAAACUCAGGCACCAAUGAGGGCCACUGUGCAGUUUGUGGUGACAACGCAUCCUGUCAGCACUAUGGCGUCCGCACCUGUGAAGGAUGCAAAGGUUUCUUCAAGCGAACAGUUCAGAAAAAUGCUAAGUAUGUGUGCCUUGCCAAUAAAGACUGCCCAGUGGACAAGAGGAGAAGAAACCGAUGCCAAUUCUGCCGGUUCCAGAAAUGUCUGGCUGUGGGAAUGGUCAAAGAAGUUGUCCGCACAGACAACCUCAAAGGUCGCAGGGGUCGCCUGCCCUCCAAGCCAAAAACUCUGAUUGAGGCUUCAUCCACGAGCUCCAAUGUCAACAUUAUUGCCUCUCUUGUAAAGGCCCAUUUAGACUCCAAUCCGAGCGCAGGAAAGCUCAACUACUCCAAGUAUCAGGAGAAAUCCAAUCAUUUGAAGGAAAAGGAAGACGCGGGGGAUAUCCAGCAGUUCUACGACCUCCUCACUGGGGCCUUGGAUGUUAUUAGAAAGUGGGCUCAAGCCAUCCCGGGGUUCACAGACUUCUGCAAGGAGGAUCAGGAGCUCCUCCUUGAAUCAGCGUUCGUGGAGCUCUUUAUCCUCCGCCUGGCUUACAGGUCAAAUCCAGAGAAGGAUAAGCUUGUCUUCUGCAACGGCGUGGUCCUGCAUCGACAGCAGUGUGCCCACAGCUUUGGAGACUGGAUCAACUCCAUCAUGGACUUUUCACAGAGCCUCCACCGUAUGAAUUUGGACCUCUCCUUGUUUGCCUGUCUCGCGGCGCUCGUCAUCAUCACCGAUCGCCACGGCCUCAAGGAGCCAAAACGUGUCGAGGACUUCCAAAGUAACCUCAUCCGCUGCUUAAGGGAACAUAUGAGUGAAAAGGGAACAGAACCAAAUCGGAUACAGCCAAACUAUCUCUCUCGGUUGCUAGGCAAACUCCCGGAGCUGAGGACUCUGUGCACACAGGGCUUGCAGCGCAUCUUCUACCUAAAACUGGAGGAUCUGGUCCCUCCUCCACCGAUAGUGGAGAAGAUCUUUAUGGAUACUCUACCAUUCUGAAAAAGAAAGACAAAAAUAGAGGGGAAAAGAAAAUACCUGCUGUUCUUCUGAAUGGAACAUCCCAUAAUGACGUUCUGGCUUU